AGUCUUCAGUUCAGGACAUGUGCUCUGCCUGUUUUAAGCCUGUGUACCCCAUGGAGAGGAUGACAGCAGGCACAUCAAUAUUCCAUCACUCCUGUUUCUGCUGCAAGUACUGCCAAAAGAAAUUGAGCCUCUGCAAUUACGCAGCUCUUCUGGGGGAAUUCUACUGCAUAUUUCACUACCAGCAGCUCUUCAGAGAGAAAGGAAAUUACGAGGGGUUUGGACGCAAGCAACACAAGGAUCAGUGGCUCCAGAAAAAUGCACAGCUUCCCACAGAACCUGAGCAUAAUGAGGAAAUGGCUUGCAGAGAUUCAAAGAGGGAGCCCAGCACUUCUGAAGGGUCACAAUCCCCAGCUGACUUGUCAACACCUGUACAAAAGCAAACAUUAGAGAGUAGAUCAGACCCCCCAAACAAGCUGAGAGUCAGCUGGCCUCCACCAACAAACGCAGGUGAAAAGUUACACACAUCACCUAAAGACACAGAGAAAAAUAAAGCCAGGGGGGGAUUUACUGACACAAAGCUAGCUUUAGAGCAAAAUAAAGAUGUUUCUGAGAGUGAGUCACCAGACAAGAUCCUGUCCCAGCUGAUAAAAAGUGAUGCAAGCAAAACACUUACUUUAUCUCCCUUCAUUUUAGGCAAAGAAAAGGCUAGUCCCAUUUUUCCCACUCAAGCCAAAAAAGGGGUAGAGUUGAAGAGUCUGGGGCAGGUUAAGCAGACAGCAGCAGUAAGCGUGCCAGACAAACCACAGACAGUAUCGUCCAAGUCAGGGAAAGUGUCAGCCAAGAUUGCCAUGUUUCAAGAUAGCACACCUACAAAGGGAAAUCACAUUUCUCCAAGUAACAAGAACAAUGAGCAAAUGCCUUUGUCAGGUAAGACGAUCAAAUCAGUUAAUUUCCUAGAGGAUAAAACUAUGCAGCACAGCAUGGUGAAGGUGACUAACAGUGACAGAAAUUCAAAUACAGAAAAUGACAACUACAGAAGCCAACUUAAAACAAAUCAGAAUAGUGAAGUAGACAGCAGUCCAGCAGCAUCUGCCCCCAACGAGAGACCUAAACCUCUGGUCAGUUCCGAAGUGAAAACCAAGCAUAGUCCAGCUUCUCUCAAUGUGAAAGCAGGAUUAUUUACAGAACAAGGAGAAAACAAUCAUCUGAGUGAAACCCACAUGACAACUGUUGAUAGAAGUGUGAAAGAGGGACUAUCUUACUCUUCUGUUGAGAGCAAGUUCAUACAGUCAGAGCACAUAACCACAACUCCUACUAAUACUACUAAAGCAUUAGAACCAAACCUAUCAGUUUACAAUAAAGAAGAAACUUCAAUGAAGCAUUCUCAUAGUGAAGUAAACCAUCCGGCUGUUUGUGAUGAAAGCUUGCCUAAAAGAAAUACAGAAAUGAAAACUGAUGUUAUCGACACAUCAAAUGCAGACCUGAAGGAUACUGACCCCAAUACUGAGGGCAACCAACCCAGUACUCCAGGACAGAAUUCAUUAACUCCCAACUCAGAAGAGAAAGGCAGCAUUUCAGAAAAUAAUGUAACCAGCAGCAUGCCCAGUGUUAAUGGAAAUAGUGAAAAAACAGAGAAAGAAACAGAGUCCUCACCUAAAAAGAUUGAUGCUUUGAGCACCUCCAUCUCUAAAGGCAAAGAGAACGGGAAGACUCAUGCCAGGAAGGAGUCCUGGUCGAAAGCGACAGGGGUAGGAAAAAGCCCCUUCUUAAAGCUAUUUAAUCCAGGCAGCAAAGACAACAUGGACAAGAAGGAACAAACAGAAAGCAAAAAGCCUGAGGCGAAGCCCAGGUCUGUCUUGGGCAAAUUAUUCCAAUCCUCAUCAGAAAAGGGCAAAGAAUCUAGGAAAGAAAGGGAAAAUGAAACUAAUAGUCCUAAAGAGGCUCUCGAGAAAGCUGAAGGCAAAGAGCAGGCUGAACCGAAAGAGGAAAUCCUCCACAAGGAUAACAAGAAUGCCAUGCCAGCUGAGGAACAUGAACAUGGCAGAUCUUCAGUCCCAACUGAAGCUCAGGAUACUUUGGGUAUAGAGUCAGAACAAAUCAGACAAAACAUAGAUGUUAACCUUAUUGAAAACAUAUCAAAUGGCUCCUCAUCUGAAAACAUCAAUCAGUAUAGAUCUGCUGAACCCUUGUUAGCAGAAACUGAAACCAAAGUCAGAAGCUCUGAUAAGAACAUCAACAACACAAUCAAAAGUAAGGAGGUUGACUUGAGUUUAUCUACCCCAGAGCAAAAAAUGCACACCUUUGAUUCAAACCUGGUGAAAGAUAUGUCAAGUAGUUCUCUACCUGAAAUUGCCAAUUCAUUUGAAGACUCUGAAACUCUGUUAACACAAACUGAAACCAACUUCAACAGCACUGAGAGGAACAUCAGCAUCACCCUCACAAGUAUGGAUCCUGCCUUCAAUUUGAAUACAUCUACCCCAGAUCAAACCGAGCAUAGCCUUGAUUCAAACCUGGUACACGAUAUGUCAAAUAGUUCUCCAGUCGGAACUGUCAAUCCAUUUGGAGAAUCUGAAACCCUGUUAACACAAACUGAAACCAACUUCAACAGCACUGAGAGGAACAUCAGCAUCACCCUCACAAGUAUGGAUCCUGCCUUCAAUUUGAAUACAUCUACCCCAGAUCAAACCGAGCAUAGCCUUGAUUCAAACCUGGGACAAGAUAUGUCAAAUAGUUCUCCAAUCGAAACUGUCAAUCCAUUUGGACCCCCUGAACCUGAGUUAACAGAAGAUGUGAGCAACGUUGAGAAAACGGUACCAAGUAUGGAGGCAGACGUUAAUUGGAGUUGUCAUAUCUCAGAGCAGGGAAGCCCUAAUUCCAGCAGCCCCUCAGACACCACGGAUCCAUACGUUCCCCGUGAAUCUGUGUUAACACAAACAGAAACCCAUGUCAGAAACAUUGAAAAUACAGAAAUACUUGAUUCUCAAACUGAGACCAUGCACAGUGUUCAAAGUCUAGCUUUUGAAAAUGCAGGAAACCCAUUUGGAUUGGAACAACCAUCUGCAAAACCAAUUGAAGAUCAUCUUGACAUAUUUGGAACCAGUACUGAACCAAUGUUCCCUAAUCCAUCGCCAGCCCUGUCUUCUGCUAAGAGUGAUCAAUUCAAUAUCUUCAAUCUAAAUGUUGGAUGUGAGCAACUGGAAGGUAGCAGCAGUCCAUUUGAUCCAAGCCAGGCUUCACUUUUGCAGGCAGAGGUUAAUACAAUAACACAGGAUGAUACUCUUGACAUUUUCAGCACAAAUAUUCAAAGCACGCCUCUGUCGAAUGUUGAUUUGUUUGGUGCUGAUUUUACAGGAUUGGACUCUUUCUCAGGGCAGUCAUCCUCCUCUUUUCCAGAAGAUAUCUUUGGUGUUGGGGAUUUUUCAAUAGCUGGAAGCGCUUUCUCAGAAACUGCUACCCAAGCAAUUUCCACCAACAACUUUGAUGCUAUCUUCGGCCUGGAACAGACAACUGUAUCCAACCCUUCUGUUCCUGCUGUCCAGGGAGACCUUUUCUCUGAUGAUAUUUUUGGUUCACAGUCUUUAAUUGCACCUGCACCUACACAACCCACCACAGAGAAUGCUCUUGAUGGUCUUCUUGAUCCAGUUUUUGAUUCGACCAUCUUGACAGCCAUGGCUGACCAAAAAAAUAACAACCAAUGGCUUGAUGAUUUCUUGGGUUAAGGAUGAGCCCACAGCCUACUGUAAGGCCAGAGAUUUUUAUUGUUAAUUCUAGUCAGCAAAAAAAAUUGAUAACUGAACUGAUAUGCCACACACACUGGAAAAUUGGCAAUUAUUUUAAAAAAUAUUAAGAUGGCGUCUGUUUACAGUAAACACGUUUCAGCAGCUGCUACAAUAAUUGGAAUAGUUUGAAAAAUCUAUAGGGAGCUCCCGAGCGGUGCAUCCAGUAAAGGCACUCUGCGUGGAGUGCAGGAUGAGCCCUGUAGCCUGGAGGCUGCCGGGUUCGGGUCCACACUAUUCCACAGCCUACCGUGGACGGGAGCUCCCAGGGGGUGUGCAUUUACCGCCCAAGGGGGGGGGGGGCUUAGGUCGGCCUGAAACAAAUCAAUGAAUUGCAGUUUCAUCAUGCCUCCACUUGUCUGUAGCAAUAUUUCAUAUUUAGCAAAAUUUAAAAGUGAAAUCAGAAGAUUAGAAAAUGCAUUGUCAUUGGCUGAACACACAUAGGCACAUAGAAAAAUUGUCAAAUGAAUUUCUGAAAAAAGAGCAAUGGUCUAUUCUAGCAACUCGAUUGUAAAUCGAAAAUUUUCUGACAACUCCAGUUGUCAAUUUGUGAUACACAGUUAAUUUUUGUUGCUAUUUGAGUUGCCAGAAUUGCUUGUGUACAGUGUGUAUUAUUGGAUAUAAAACCAACAAGUAGGAUAAGGCUUAACAAAAAUGACAAAGUUCAAGGGAGAAGACUCAAGGCAUUUGAAUCAAGCAAGAUGAGAAAAGCUUAAGCAGGUCACAGUGUUUAAAACCCACAUCGUGCUGGACUGAUGUUUAAAGGGAAAGACUGUCUCCAGAACUAACAAUAGGGUUACUUAGCUAUAAUGUGUUUGCUGCUCUCAGAUGAUAAUAUCUAAUGUUUAGGUGAUAAAAAACACAGCUGAUUUUUUUAAUUAUUUUUUUUCUGGAACUAAUCAAUAAAUAUUUUGUAUUUCAAAAUAUUAAAUAAUAAUGGUUUAUUGUGGAAAGAGAUGUUUUUAUAUAUAUGAAUGAAUGUUACAUACUGAACAACUGCCAUGCCUUGUGAUGAGUGACAUCAAAGUGAAAAAUAAUAAUGCCAAGCAACAUUCCAUGUCAUGACUUAGUUCUCUGUGAAAAAAAGUAAUCAUAUUGUUUUUUAAAAAGUGCUUUUGUUAAUGUAAAAAAAAAAUAAACAUAACAAUGAAAACGUAGGUUAAAAAAAAUAAUUAAAAAGAUAGCUAACUAAUGAGGAUUAUAUUGUAAGUUUAGUUCCUAAGGCUGGUCACUUAAGUAAUAUGAUUAGAGGUUAAUACCAUUAUACAGACUUUCUAUUAACCUCUAUGAUGACAUGAUCAAGUUAAUUGAGAUUUUUAUUCAUUGUAAUAUACAGUAUACGUGAAGCAAGGAAGAAUAAACCAUGUAUAAAUCAGUACACCCCUCAGGAAGCAAGCAAAGAGCUCUCUCAGCUGAAGAGUUCUCUUAGCUGAAGAGUUCUCUUAGCUGAAGUGUUCUCUCAGCUGAAGAGUUCUCUUAGCUGAAGUGUUCUCUUAGCUGAAGAGUUCUCUUAGCUGAAGAGUUCUCUUAGCUGAAGUGUUCUCUUAGCUGAAGAGUUCUCUUAGCUGAAGAGUUCUCUUAGCUGAAGAGUUCUCUUAGCGGAAGAGUUCUCUCAGCUGAAGAGUUCUCUUAGCUGAAGUGUUCUCUUAGCUGAAGAGUUCUCUUAGCUGAAGUGUUCUCUUAGCUGAAGAGUUCUCUUAGCUGAAGUUCUUUAGCUGAAGUGUUCUCUUAGCUGAAGAGUUCUCUUAGCUGAAAUUCUUCAGCUGAAGAGUUCUCUUAGCUGAAGAGUUCUCUUAGCUGAAGAGUUCUCUUAGCUGAAGAGUUCUCUCAGCUGAAGAGUUCUCUCAGCUGAAGAGUUCUCUCAGCUGAAGAGUUCUCUUAGCUGAAGAGUUCUCUUAGCUGAAGAGUUCUCUUAGCUGAAGUGUUCUCUUAGCUGAAGAGUUCUCUUAGCUGAAGUUCUUUAGCUGAAGUGUUCUCUUAGCUGAAGAGUUCUCUUAGCUGAAAUUCUUCAGCUGAAGAGUUCUCUUAGCUGAUGAGUUCUCUUAGCUGAUGAGUUCUCUUAGCUGAAGAGUUCUCUUAGACGGAGUUCACCACCAGUCACAAUAGGAAUCAAAUAAAUAAAUAAAUAUUUAUUGUCAUGACGCAUGAGCAUUUACAAUGGGAAAAAUCCAUUUUACCAAAAGGGUGUUCUCUUAGCUGAAGUGUUCUUUUAGGAGGUGUCCCAAUGCGUGGAGAUGACGGUACCUUUGUAAUUAAAGACUAAUCUGUAAUCAUCUAUAAGCACUGUAUUUUUAGUAAUAUGAAACAUGUAAAGUUGAGUAUGCUGCCAAUAACACUAAAUAUGAAUGUAAUGCACUCUGUUGUCUGUAUUAUACCAGCCUUCUCUGUAUGAUAAAUUCACUUUAUAGAUUAUAAUAGUGAAUAGUGCUGCACAACAAUCAUUCGAAUCAAGCUCUCCACAGGUGAGGGGCGUGUUGAUUGGACUAAUUUACCGUUCCAAGUGAAACGAGUGAAGAAGCAGUUGCUUGGAUUUGUGUGAAUUGCUGCUCUACACAGAGUCUAAGAAAAGCAGCAAUCACCCCACCCCCAAGCUGCUGUUUCUUCAUUCAUUUCACUGGGAAUGAGAAAUCAGCCUGAUUGACACCAGCGAUCCACACCUGAUUGUCAGCACCUGAUAUCUGUGUGGAGCUCAAUCUGAAUAAUCCAAUACUCGGCUUGUGCCAGCACUAGUAUUAGAUGUGUGUGUUCACAAAAUUAAAUACAAUCAAACAUAUUUUAAAAUGAAUAAAACAAGUCAUUUUCACAUCAUUGGAUUCUUUAUUUUUUGUUCAUUUGUCUUUAUUUUCAGCAUCACUCACAGCCCUUGGGGUUUCUGUUAGAAGUUUGCAAAUACCGUGUGUCAAGACAGAUAAUAGAAAUGACUGAGUAUACUAGAGUUACGAGUGUAGGAUGAAAAUCAAUUGGAAAUAUCAUAGCAGAGCAAAAUGUAUGUACGCAGAGAGUUUGGCUUUUAUAGCACAGCAAAUGCAUUUACCCAAAGCUGGUCAAUAAAAUCUCUAGAAUUUCAAUACAAAUGUAAGGUGAAUCAUAAAUACAUUUUCUGGAACAUGACUGAAUAAAUGGUUGUUGAAUUGGCUUUUUUAUUUUAUUUACUUAUUAUUAAGUACUCAAUAGAUCAGACUGCAUAGUGACAUGCCAUCACUCCAUAGAUCAGACUGGACAGUGACAUGCCAUCACUCCAUAGAUCAGCCUGCACACAGAUGACACUCAAACAAUAAAGCAUGAUCAUUAUGUUAUGAAAACAAUGGGGUGUUGUAAUACAUGUGCACACUGCUGAACUACAGAAGCAAUGGGGUGUUCUAAUACACGUGCACACUGCUGAACUACAGAAGCAAUGGGAUGUUCUAAUACACGUGCACAUUGCUGUAUAUUGUCCUAUUUUAAAGUUAACAAGACUCUUCCUAUAAACCACCACCACUUGCAAAUCGUUUGAUUUACCAGACCUCUAUUAUAC